GUUGCGAGUGCUGCGCCGCGGCCCCCGCGGUCGACCGCUCCGGGCGUGGCGGGGCCCCUGCCGCCAACGAAGGUGCUCCCCCUCGACCUGCGCGGCCAGGCGAAGCGGACCGACUUCCACAUCGGCCCGCGCGGGCUCGGCUACUCCGCGAAGCGCGACGCCCCGCAGCGGGCCGAGCGCCUUGUCCUCAGGAGAGAUUAG